AUGACAUAUGAGAUUGGAGACACUCAUAAGGUGGAACUAGUGGAGGAGAGUGAUGGUGGGAGCGAGAAAGGUGGGGAGGGAGAGAAAAGUAGGAGGGAGAGAAAAGUGGGGAGAGAGAAAUUUGGCCCCAACAAUUUCCAUGUAACUUUGCCCCCAAAAGUAAAGGCAAAGUGCAAAGUCAUGGAAUCUCACAUUACAGCAGUUACUGGGCAAGGAAAGAAGGCAUGUGCAGCAUAUAAAGCUGGUUUGGUGUUGUCGCUUGGUGCAGGUACAGGGAAUGCUCAACUAGAGAAAGUUGGUGCAGUUCCGGAGGCCCGAACAUGGACAAACCUACUUAAGGGCUCCACAACCCUCGCGCCAAAUAUCUCAGCAAACCCUCUUGCUCCUGAAUCACAUCAAAAAGGCCAUGGCUGUCCCUCAUAUUUCAGACAGUACAGGCUCUGCUGUUGGAUAAUGUGA